GACUGGUUGAUAGUCCUGUUGGAGCAAAAGAGAAUCGUAUCCAUGGUCGCCACGCGCCGGUCCUUGCGUCUGUCCCUGGGUGGGACCGAGUCGACGGCGUCGGCCUCGCCGCCUCCGAGGCGCGCGCCCCGCGGCAAGGCUGCGGCUGCCACUGACGCGCCGAAGGAAGCCGAGGCCGUCAAGAGCGAGGCCAAGACCGUCAAGAGCGAGGCCAAGGCCACCAAGAAGACGACCAAGAAGGCGGCUGACGACGUUGCGCCCAAGGCCCGCGCCACGCGCGGCAAGCGCGUGACCCGCGCAUCCUUGUCCAAGUCCGACAUUGACGCGCUCGCGCAAGUGGCGCAGGAAGUCGCCGCGAAGGAAGCCGCGGAGGAUGAUGCGGCCAAGCAAGGCGCUCCGGUUGAGGUCAUCGACAUCGUCUCGGAAGACGAUGUGACGGUCCUUGAGACGGCUGCUGAUGAAACGAAGCUGGAGGCGCGUCAUGAGGCUGUUGUUGCCGACAUCUCUGCCAAGGACGAGGCGUCUGCCCAGGAAGAAGAGGUCUCGGCCCACGAAGAAGUGGUCUCAGCCGAGGAGACCGAAUCCGCCGAAGACUUUGCUGCUGACGGUACUGAGUCGGCUGAAGAAGCGGAAAUCGAAGCCGAAUCCAUCCAAGACGUAAUGUCGGCCGAAGAAGCAACCGCCGACGAGACGACGGCGGACGAGUCGAUGGGCGACGAAGCCGACACGGCGGAAGAGGCGACGGAAGCUGCUAUGCAAGAGGAGGUCGUGGACGAAGCGUCGGCGGUCGAGGAAGAUGAACACAUUGCGAUGGCCUCUGCCUCGGACGACGAAGAAGCCGACGAAGAGCAUAUCGCGAUGGCGCCGGCUUCGGACGACGACGAGCAUAUCGCGAUGGCGCCGGUCGCAGCCGACGACGCCGCCCCCGACGCUGAUAUGGAAGAGGAUGACGACGACGACCUCAAUGCACUGGUGGGCAUGGCCAUGGCGAGCUUCCAGGCUCCGCCGCCGCCGACGAAUGCUGCGGCGACCGCGACAUCCGAUGCGCCGCUGGCGCUGGUCUCAAGCACGCUCGAGAGCGGCGUGUCGUAUGACAAUCUGUACAUGAAGUUCAACGGCCGCAAGUGCGCGCGCGGCGCGGAGCUCGUGCCGGAGCGCAAGCUGACGGAAGAGGUGUCGCAGCUGCAAAAGCAGGCCGCGUACAAGGCCAAGAUGGACGCGGCCAACUCGGGCGCGCAUGAGAAGAAGGUGUCGCAGGACCGUCUCCAAUCGAGCCGCAAGUGGUUCAACAUGACGUCCAACGAGAUGACGGACGAAGCAAAGCGCGACAUGCAGCUCAUCAAAAUGCGCAACUACCUCGACCCGAAGCGCUUCUACAAGUCGAGCGACCACAAGAAGGGCAACCUCCCCAAAGUGUUCCAGGUCGGCACCGUCAUCGAGGGCGCAGCCGAGUACAAGUCGAACCGCCUCACGCGCAAGGAGCGCCAGCAGACGUUCACGGAAGAAAUCAUGCAUGACCAAGCGAUCCGGUCGUAUACGAAGCGCAAGUUUAACGACAUCCAGGCUGCGCGCGCCAACACGUCCAAGCACAAGAAGCCCUUCAAGAAGGCCAAGCACUACAAUAAGGUGAUGCCGUCAAACGUAUAGCCAAGUCCACCAAGAGCGUAGCGCUACCGAGGGCCUAUAAGUCCUCGAAGAUCUUAG